AUGACCAUAACCGGCCUCACCUCGGAGCAGCUGUCCUUUUGGGAGGAAAAUGGAUACCUAAUCAUCCCAGAUGCGAUAUCACAAGAAGUGGUGAAGGAGCUUGUGGAUGAGACGGCGAAGCUUCUGAAUGAGUUCCCACUAGAGGGCCACCCUAUGACGAAGUUCACCACUGGCGACGGCGACAAGCACAUUGGCGAUGACUACUUCCUCAACAGCAACGACAAAGUGCGUUUUUUCUUCGAAAAGGGUGCCUUCUCCUCCACCGGCGAACUCAUCAAACCCAAAGCCAAAGCUAUCAACAAGAUUGGCCAUGCCUUACACACAAACUCCCCCCCAUUCGCAAAGAUGACAAUGACACCGCUCAACCGGUCGAUCGCAAAAUCCCUCGGCUUCCGCGAUCCCAAUGUCAUGCAGUCCAUGAUUAUUUGCAAGCAGCCAGAGAUUGGCGGCGCAGUGCUGUCCCACCAAGACUCGACAUUCUUAUAUACUGACCCGCCGAGCGCCGUUGGAUUCUGGUAUGCGCUCGAGGACACGACACCAGAGAAUGGUUGCUUGAGUUUUGUGCCGGGGAGUCAUAAGUGGGCGCCGAUCAAGAAGCGACUAGUGAGGCUACCGGAGGGUGGAACGGGAUUUGAGGACUUGAAGGAGGGACAGGCGAAUGGAGUCCGGGAGAAGGGGGGCGUAGAAAGGGAGGAGCGAAAAGAAUCUGAGCCCCAAUUCGAGGUGGAUUUAUACUUUCCAUGUUAUCGAGGGAGAGUAUCCAUAUGA